UCCCCGCCAGCCGCCGGUAUUUUUUUGUGGGGUUCAUUUGUUUUCGGAAGCAAGCCGCAAUUUCUACUCGCGAUUUUACAGCGCGCGAAACUCAGAGCAACUUCGCUCACAUUCACAAACUCCUCCUUCAGCAGAAUACGCUUCAAUUUCCUGCGAAUUUCUUUACUCUCCAGUUGAAAUGGAAGCCAUAGCCAACCAAUUACCCUAAACCCACCAAGCAAAACAUGCGUUUUCUUCACCACAAUCAGUGUUUCCAUAGCCCCUUCACCAAGCUCUCUUCCCUUUCGUCCUCAUUCAAUCUUAUGGGUUCCAUUCCCUUGUGCAAGUCCACUUCUCUGGUAUUCCUGUCUCACAUUUCUUCUUCUUCUUAUUGUUCUUCGCAGAGGAAUUUCCUGUACAGAACCAAUCUUCUCCUCCAUGGUUCAUUUCCUGUGCAAUCCAUGUCCCCUCGUAAAUCCUUUUCCAUGAAAACAAAUGGGGUCUCUCCUUUUACUUCUCAUGCCAAUGUUCCCGGGCCCCCAGACGAGGGUUUAAGCUCGACUCAAUUGAAUGUUUUGAGGAAAAAAUUGGAGGAACUUAACGUCAACACCGAAUCUUGUGUUCCAGGGCAGACGAACCACCUGCUUUGCCCCAUGUGCAAAGGUGGUGAUUCAGGGGAAAGGUCCUUAUCCCUAUAUAUCUCAGAAGAUGGGGGGGCUGCUGUUUGGAUCUGCUUUCGUGCAAAAUGUGGUUGGAAAGGCCGCACUCUGGCCUUUGCUGAUGGUCGGUCAUCAUAUGGAAGUUUGGGACAAGUUGCACUUAACAAGAAAAAACGGAAAAUUACAGUGGAGAGUCUACAACUUGAACCACUGUGUGACGAGCUGGUUGCUUACUUUGCUGAGAGAUUGAUUUCCAAGAACACGUUGUUAAGAAAUUCUGUUAUGCAGAAAAGAUCCGAUAAUCAGAUUGCUAUUGCAUUUACAUAUCAUCGAUGUGGAGAAUUGGUUAGUUGCAAGUAUCGUGAUGUCAACAAAAAGUUCUGGCAGGAGGCGAAUACUGAGAAAAUAUUUUAUGGAUUGGAUGGCAUAGAUGGUGCAAGUGAUAUCAUCAUAGUUGAAGGAGAGAUGGACAAGCUUUCAAUGGAAGAAGCUGGUUUCCAUAAUUGUGUGAGUGUUCCAGAUGGUGCGCCACCAUCAGUUUCCCAAAAGGACGUACCUCCUACAGAUAAGGAUACAAAGUAUCAAUAUCUAUGGAACUGCAAAGAAUACUUGAGUAAGGCAUCACGCAUUAUACUUGCCACUGAUGGGGAUCCUCCUGGUCAAGCUUUAGCAGAGGAGAUUGCACGUCGUGUUGGAAGGGAAAGAUGUUGGAGGGUCAAAUGGCCAAAAAAAAAUGAGGUUGAUCAUUUCAAAGAUGCGAAUGAGGUUCUGAUGUACUUGGGCCCCGAGGCACUGAAGGAAGUUGUUGAUAAUGCAGAGUUGUUUCCUAUACGUGGAUUAUUCAGCUUCAAAGACUACUUUGAUGAGAUUGAUGCAUAUUAUGACAAGAAAUUUGGAAAUGAGUUUGGUGCAUCGACGGGGUGGAAGGGUCUCAACCAUUUGUAUAACGUUGUCCCGGGGGAGCUUACUAUUGUUACUGGUAUUCCUAAUUCAGGCAAGAGCGAAUGGAUUGAUGCUCUCCUAUGCAAUCUUAAUGCAAGUGUUGGUUGGAAAUUUGUCCUCUGCUCCAUGGAAAAUAAGGUUCGGGAGCAUGCAAGAAAACUAUUGGAGAAACGAAUCAAGAAGCCUUUCUUUAAUGCACGUUAUGGUGAAUCCGUAGAACGAAUGAGUACCGAGGAGUUGGAGAUAGGCAAGCAAUGGUUAAAUGAUACAUUUUUUCUUAUAAGGUGUGAAAAUGAAUCCCUCCCAAGUAUUAAUUGGGUCCUGGAUCUUGCAAAAGCAGCAGUUUUAAGGCAUGGAGUUACUGGACUGGUAAUUGACCCUUAUAAUGAGCUUGAUCAUCAGCGGCCUCCAAACCAGACUGAAACAGAAUAUGUGAGUCAGAUGCUGACUAAGGUCAAGCGGUUUGCUCAACAUCAUGCUUGCCAUGUUUGGUUUGUCGCACAUCCGAGACAGUUGCAGAACUGGUCUGGAGGUGCCCCUAAUAUGUAUGAUAUAAGUGGAAGUGCCCACUUCAUAAACAAAUGUGAUAACGGAAUUGUUAUUCAUCGCAACAGGGAUCCCGAAUCUGGCCCUGUUGAUCUCCUACAAGUAUGUGUACGGAAAGUAAGAAAUAAGGUUGCAGGAACAAUUGGAGAAGCUUUCUUGGAAUAUAAUCGGGUAACUGGAGAAUUCUUGGAUGCCGAUGAACCAGCUAGAAUAGAACAGCAACUUAAGAGGUCAAAAUCUUGAGAGGAGGUACGCAAUCCAAGGCUUGGUGUAUCCACAAUGAAGCUGAUUACUUGUAAAAGCCUUCACAGGUGUUAUUAAGAUCAUUCGUCGGGUGCAAUACCGUAAAUUAUCGAUAAAUAUCGAGCUUUAAUUUUUUAUACAGAUGCCAUAUUAUAGGAAAUGUUGAUCUGUUCUUGGUGAUUCAUAUAAUGUAAGGAAUUUAUGAAGUUCAUGGAUGGGUGUAGAGUAAUCUUAGGAAAUUUUGGUGACGUUAUUUUAACGAGAAGCUUAUGUUUUAUGAUGUAAAAUUACGAUGAAAAUUUUUGUUCGAUAUGGGUGCAACUGUGUAGUAUUGAAACCCGCUUUCAAUGACAAGGCCGGUGAAUUGAUAUUACACAAUUUUAACCAUCCAUAUUUAUCAGCCAA